GCCUACCUGUCAGUCGCGAUCCUGACCCAGCUCAUGCACAUUCAUCUUAAGUAUCAUAUUUAGUCUGACCCGUGGUCAGACAGGUGGGAUUAUUUUGAACUGUUUGCGAAAGCAUGGACAGCCAGGGGAGGAAGGUGGUGGUUUGUGACAAUGGGACAGGGUUUGUCAAGUGCGGCUUUGCUGGGUCCAACUUCCCCGAGCAUAUCUUCCCAGCCUUGGUGGGGAGGCCGAUCAUACGGUCAAGCACCAAAGUGGGCAACAUUGAGAUUAAGGAUCUGAUGGUUGGCGAUGAAGCCAGCGAGUGCCGCUCCCUGCUGGAGGUGUCCUACCCCAUGGAGAACGGCAUGGUGCGAUGUUGGGAAGACAUGCUGCACCUGUGGGACUAUACCUUUGGCCCAGAUCGUCUCAAUAUCAGUCCAUCAGAAUGCAAGAUCUUGCUUACUGAGCCACCAAUGAACCCCACCAAGAACCGAGAGAAAAUUGCUGAGGUCAUGUUUGAAAAGUACCAGUUUCAUGGCAUCUAUGUGGCGAUUCAGGCUGUACUCACCCUGUACGCCCAGGGUUUGCUUACUGGCGUGGUUGUAGACUCAGGAGACGGUGUCACCCACAUCUGUCCAGUUUACGAGGGCUUUUCUUUACCCCACCUCACACGCAGGUUGGACAUUGCAGGACGUGACAUCACUCGCUACCUCAUUAAACUCCUGCUGCUGCGCGGCUAUGCCUUCAAUCACACAGCCGACUUUGAGACCGUGCGAAUGUUGAAGGAGAAGCUCUGCUACGUCGGAUACAACAUCGAACAAGAGCAGCGCCUGGCCCUGGAGACCACCUAUCUGGUAGAGUCCUACACGCUCCCUGAUGGCCGUGAGGUGAACGUCGGCGGAGAACGAUUCGGGGCCCCAGAAGCUCUUUUCCAGCCUCAUCUCAUCAACAUAGAAGGAGCCGGCGUGGCUGAACUGCUCUUUAACACCAUCCAGGCUGCAGACAUUGACCUUAGGGCUGACUUCUACAAGCACAUCGUUCUGUCAGGCGGGACCACCAUGUACCCUGGCCUUCCAUCCAGACUGGAAAGGGAGAUCAAGCAACUCUACCUGGAGAGGGUGCUUGACGGAGACACUGAGAAACUAUCAAAGUUUAAGAUCCGAAUCGAAGACCCACCAAGACGCAAGCACAUGGUGUUCCUGGGCGGAGCUGUGCUGGCCAACAUCAUGAAAGACAAGGACAGCUUCUGGCUGAGCAGAGAGGAAUACAACGAGAAGGGCCUGGGAGUGCUGCAAAAACUGGGAGGGGGAGUCAGAUAAAACUCUGACAGCAAAAAAGAUAUAGAAAAAAAAAAGUAUCAGCUAGCUUCCUCUUAGUGUUCAUUUUAACACUCUAAUGGCUUUAUUUCUUAAAAAGUAAUUUUUGUCAAAUUAAUGCCUUUUCCUCAUUGCUGUUCAUGAAAACAACUAAUUAGCUCUAUUCUAACACUUCUUUCUCAAUAAAAACUGUAAAUCCUGUAA